CAAAAAACAAAUCUGAGGCUACGCCACUGUAGCGUCAGUGGCGCGUUCGCGCGUUGGUGGUGUCAACGCACAGGCAAAUUUCAAAAUUAUACUCGAUUCGGACAUAAUCGUCGCAAUUAACGGAGAAUUGCGUGGAUUUAUCCUAAAAAGUAGCUGACCAAGAAAAAUUCUACGAAAUGUCAGACGGCGAGGAUGAUUUCAUGUGCGAAGAAGAGGAGGAUUAUGGCUUGGAGUAUUCUGAAGAUUCCAAUUCUGAACCAGACGUUGAUUUAGAAAAUCAAUAUUACAAUAGUAAAGCUUUAAAAGAAGAUGACCCAAAAGCUGCCUUACAAAGUUUUCAAAAAGUAUUAGAUCUGGAAGGUGGAGAGAAGGGAGAGUGGGGUUUUAAAGCCUUGAAACAGAUGAUCAAAAUUAAUUUUAAAUUGUCCAAUUAUAAAGAGAUGAUGUCAAGGUAUAAACAAUUAUUAACCUAUAUAAAAAGUGCAGUUACUAGAAAUCAUUCAGAAAAGUCAAUAAAUUCCAUAUUAGAUUAUAUUAGUACAUCAAAAAAUAUGGAACUAUUACAAGACUUCUAUGAAACCACAUUAGAUGCAUUAAAGGAUGCAAAGAAUGAUAGGUUAUGGUUUAAAACAAAUACGAAAUUGGGAAAGUUAUAUUAUGACCGUGCAGAUUUUAAUAAAUUGGCAAAAAUACUGAAACAACUUCACCAAAGUUGUCAGACUGAUGAUGGAGAAGAUGAUCUAAAGAAAGGAACUCAGUUAUUGGAAAUUUAUGCCUUAGAAAUACAAAUGUAUACAGCACAAAAGAAUAAUAAGAAAUUAAAAACACUUUAUGAACAGAGCCUUCAUAUUAAAAGUGCUAUUCCACAUCCAUUAAUUAUGGGUGUUAUUAGAGAAUGUGGAGGCAAGAUGCAUUUAAGGGAAGGUGAAUUUGAAAGAGCUCAUACUGACUUUUUCGAAGCCUUUAAAAAUUACGACGAGUCUGGUUCGCCAAGACGUACAACAUGUCUAAAGUACUUAGUUUUGGCCAAUAUGUUAAUGAAGUCUGGUAUUAAUCCAUUUGAUUCACAAGAGGCAAAACCAUACAAGAACGAUCCUGAAAUUUUAGCAAUGACGAAUUUAGUCGUCAGUUAUCAGAAUAAUGAUAUUAAUCAGUUUGAAUUAAUCCUUAAACAAAAUAGAAACAAUAUUAUGGGUGAUCCCUUUAUUAGAGAACACAUCGAGGAUUUAUUACGGAAUAUACGUACACAGGUUCUAAUCAAGUUGAUAAGACCAUAUACUAGAAUUUAUAUUCCUUUCAUAAGCAAAGAAUUGAACAUUGAUGUUUCUGAAGUGGAAAGUCUCCUGGUAUCUUGUAUUUUGGACAAUACUAUUCAUGGUCGUAUCGAUCAGGUAAAUCAAGUUCUUGAGUUGGAUAAGAAAUCGGUAUGCGCCGCGCGUUAUAAUGCUCUUGAUAAAUGGGCAGGUCAAUUGCAAUCUUUGCAUACAGCUAUUGUAAACAAAAUGUCUUAAGUAUGGUGCACAUGAUCCUGCAAUAAAUACAAUCUAAUCUCACUUUGUGUAUAGUAUAUCAUAAAAAUUCUAUACAAAUAUGUGAAAAAA